GAAAUUACAGAUUUCACAACACCCAUGAAGCAAAUUCUUAAAACUGUAAAGAAAGCAUUUGAGUGGAACUAUCCAACUGUGUGCCAAAGGAUUGCGCGAAUCCAGAGACUUCCAGGGAAAGAAACCACAUUUAAAGAGCCUCUGGGUAAUCACAUGCCCUCACCAGCAUCAUCAUCAAGCUCUAAGCCUUGCCUCUGCAUGCAGAGCGUCGGUGCAAAUGCAAACACAUUUUUUGGAAGGACACGCUUCUCAUUUUUCAAAAAGCCUUGGCUCAUUGAUCGUCAUUUUCAGUGGUUGGGAGCUCCCUAUAUAAGCUCACCAAAAGCCGGUUGAGGGUCACAUCGCAUAGGCAGUUGGAGUUGAGCUGAGAACAUCAGACAUCGCGCUGACAGAAGACAAGAUGUUUAUACAAAGACAGACAUACCUGGAGAAGGCCCUCUUCUCAGCACUGUCGAUGCUUCUGCUCUUCACCACGGUAGGAAAAUCUGCAAUGCUGACUGACAACCUCCAGACCACAGCAGCGCCUGCUUUGUCAAACUCAUCUCUGAGCACGCAGCUCAACAACAACAGUAUGGAGGAACCUAUGGUUCUGCGCUCACACAGAUCAUGUGGAAGUGAACAUGUAAACUACUGUGAAAAUGGUGGAGAGUGCAUGUACCCUCAAGACAAUGACCAACCUUUUUGCAUUUGCAAGUCUUCGUACAGCGGGCAUCGCUGCCUGUUCUUCAGUGAACGCUCUCACACUCUGCCCGAGUUAGAGCAACUGAUUGGCAUCAUUUUUGGGGUGGUUAUUCUCUUCUUUGUCCUGGCCAUCAUAAUUUACUGCUUCGCCAGUAAGAGGUGUAAAAAAUCGGUACCGCUGAUAAAAUCUGCACCAUCUGAGUUGUCGGUGUAACCCCCACAACUAACUCUUUGUCAUCAUCAUUGUCACCACUUUCAGUAUUAUCUCUCAGUGGAAAAAACAUAAACCAUAAUGUUUUAUCAUACUGUAUAAGCCACAGCACAGAUUUACAAAGCAAUUAAGAGACUAGAAGAUUAAUCUGCCUUUUGAUGUUGAACAAGGUCAGAUAUUAAUCACUUUAUUGCCUUUAAAGAUUGAGGGAGAACAAAUAUGACUUUCUAUCGUAAUAUAUCAUCCAUCCAUCCAUCGUCAACCGCUUAUCCUGUACAGGAGGGGCUGGAGCCAAUCCCAGCUGACAUCAGGCAAAAAGUGGGGUACACCCUGGACAGGUCGCCAGUCCAUUGCAGGGCCACACA